AUGUCGGAGCAGGAAAAAGUCUUGCUGCUUGGCCCACCCAAUGGGCGUGUACGUGCUAUGGUGGAAAAAACACAAGCCAUUGAGGCAAGACAUGGUCCUUUUUCUUUGGCUUUAAUAGUGGGAAAUGUGUUUGCUGACGCGGAGCAUCUCACAGAAGAUGAGACAGCCUUUCUCCAUGGGUCGCUUACAAAAAAUGUCAAGUCGUAUUUAAAUGCACGGGGCGCUUCGCGACGAGGGCCCGUAGAAGUCGCGUCAAAUUUGUUCUACAUGGGCAGCGCAGGCAUUGCAACGAUCAAAGGACUGCGUGUCGCGUUUUGUGGAGGCGUAUGGACAAAACCAUCGCUUAGCACGAAUGCACCUGAACGAGCAGAUGUAUGCGCAUGGCGCGAGCCUACGGGAACAACAGAUGACAUGCCCUUUGAGUGGUCGACGUGGGACACUCUUGAAACACGGGCAGCAUCAGAAGAAGCUCUGCGACAUUUACUUCGGCACCCAGCGGUAGCGCUAGGCGAAGCACGUGCUCCUGAAUUACCGCGCGAUCCAGAGAGCCUGAAGCAAGUGCGCGCAUGGCAAUAUGCCCAAGCAGCAUUUGAGUUUCAGCAAGAACAAGACGCACCAGCGUUGCGACGACGUGCACCGAUCGACUUUUUGCUAACGAAUGCGUGGCCUCUGGGUAUCGAGGCUUUUUCUUGCCUACCUCCGCAGCAGCAGGAAAACACAAAUAAUGCCACUGCGGUAGAGCAAGGACUUGCCCCGCUUGCUCGUUUGGCUGAGGCAUGUCGUCCUCGAUACCAUAUUGCAUGUGCACGAGAUGCCGAGCCAGACGGCUUGUACUGGGAAAGAGAGCCGUACGAAAAUUGGCCGUUUGCAAAGGUGCCUGAGCCACGAUCCCGCCGAGUGACACGAUUCGUAUCGCUUGCGGCGGCAGCGAAUCCGAGAAAGUGUCGAUGGUUUCUUGCAUUACAAGUUGUGCCGAGUGGUGCACUGUAUCAAGACCCCGGUAGGCCAUUCCCACGUUCGGAGCUGGAUGAUGCAGUGCCACCUACGACAACGCCUAUGCCUUUAUGGCAAAUGGUCGAAAAUUUGAGUGCAAGAGCUGCGACAAGACUGGGAGCUGCAUCUGACGUGCCUCACAAUGGAGAUACACCGCGCAAAAAGCGUACACGGACCGAGGCACGUUCGUCAGUGCAUAAACGACGCGCGGGCGCAACACUCCAGCCCGUUGAGCCAGACACUUGUUGGUUUUGCCUUAGCAAUCCAGCAGUGGAAAAACACCUGAUUGUAUCGAUCGGUGCAGAAUGUUACAUUGCGCUGCCCAAAGGCCAACUGCCCGUUUCGUCCAGUGAUGAGACACUUGUGCCUGGAGGCGGGCAUGUGCUAAUUGUGCCGAUUGUGCACACCCCUUCGCUGUAUGCACGUGAAACAUCAAAUGCAGACCUCCGGCGGGAAGUCAGCGCAUGGAAACACGCUCUGCGUGCGUGCUAUGACGCUUACGAAGCCGUGCCCGUGUGCUGGGAAGUAGUGCGACGCGCAUCGCGUGUUGCCCAUGCACAUGUCCAAGUGCUCCCAAUCCCCAAGGCACGGGAGGCCGAGUGUGUGCAAUAUGUGCGAGAAGCCGCAGAACGGGACGGACUUACAUGGGAGUCAGACGCCGUGGCAAGAGCAUGGGCGGAUGUCGAUAAUGUUUGCACGCGAGACACUUGCGACUUUCUUGGGCAUGUCGGAGCGUUCCGACUGGCACGCAUGUGCGCGCUCGCGAGAGGUUGA